AUGGCUCCCUUAGGAGGCAUGUGGGCUCCAGCAGCCGUACGUGUCCUUCGUCAGGCCGUCGGCAGUACUAUCAAAAUAUCGAAAGUGCUGCGCACCAAGCUGGGAAGCGCAGCACAUAGACCGAUUACCCAGCUUCCCCAGCCUGUUACAUCUGCAGCCAGGCACCAACCCAUCCACCCAUUCGCCUUUCUGCGCCAGCAGAAACGCGGUUUCCGAUGGCAUUCCGGCCUUCGCAACGCUCACUAUGAUGCAGUUCGAAACACCUUUCGUCGCUUCAUCAGUGGGUCAACACGUGCCCAGCCUUCGCAGUCGGGCCAGACAACACGUUGGGUUAAGCAGUUCACGGGACGUGCACCUUUUGCGUCUACGUUGCGUCCAAACUUGACCGGAGGUGCAUUUCCGAGAACUGCCGGUGGGUAUGCGAUGCCAGGAUCUGGGAGGAUGGGUGGUGCACGCCAUUUCAGCCAUGCGCCCACCGUGCAAGCCCAGGUUGUGCAAAAUGUUGGGCAGGCAAUGAGGGCUUUUUGGCUGUCGGGCCAGCGAGCUCACUUUGAUGGCUAUGGGCCUCGGGGAGAGAAGUGCUAUCGUGUCACCACAGAGCUGCAGGACGAGACCGCAAGGAAGGCAGCAGCAGCCGCUGCAUCACGCAAGCGUGUGCCAGGUUCUUUCAUUGACUUCUCCGUCAACCCUACAAUCACGGCACUCAGCCCCCUUGCCGGCAACUUUCCAUUCGCCCUGUGCGGUAUCGACCAAAGCGCCGCAUCCAGCGGCCCCACGCUGAACCAAGAUGGCCUGCUUGAUCUGCUCUUGACCGAUUUCGAGCGUGCAUCCAAGGAUCUGAAUGCUGUAAUGGCAGACUUGAAGCGGCUCUCGAGUCUCGGGGAUCUACCAAUUGUCUUCGAGAAUGACGCUCACCUUGUACGUGUUCGAUUCCCAGGUGUGGAUGCGGAUACUGUAACGAGGCUCUGUGAAGAUAUUGGCAUUCAACAGGGGAUUGUUGGACAGGACGAGGACUUCAAGACGGCCCAGGACUAUGCAUCGGACUUGCGCUUCCCAUUUGCGCCUGAUCAAGGCAUUCAGGAUCACCUAUCUUCGCAUGGUGGAUCUUUGAGUUCUGAUCAAUCAUAUUCAUCAGAUCUGUCAACAGAUUUGGAUGAUGAGUAUGUGCAGCAUUUUAUGGAGGAGAACCCUUGGCUUUCCUCUGUAGACGCGGAUGAAUAUGACCACUCUCGCGCCAGCUUAGUCUUACCCACCCCGGACAGGCAAACCGACUCACAAGUACAGGGUUUCGAGGGCGUGGAAGGCAUUUAUCGAUUCAUACAAGAGUGUGAUCGAGCAGCUGAGCGCUUUUGA